GAAAUUGCACUCCCUCCCCUCAUACUAUAUCUUACUUAAUAUCGUCAUUAUUGCAGCUUUACAAAAAGAGAAACCAAUAUCAAAAGAUAUAAAGAAAAAUAAAGCUCAAAGAAAGCAGAAGGAAGAUGAGCAUCCAUGUGAAGGAGUCCAUAAUGGUGUUCCCGGCCAAAGAAACCCCCAAAAAGACGCUUUGGCUCUCAAGCAUAGACUUAGUCAGGCCCUCGCCCUAUGCGCACCUUCCUUUUAUAUAUAUUUAUACUCCAAAAAAUGAGGAACAAAAGAACUCAAAAUUUGUCAAUUCACAAGUUCUGAGAGAAUCUCUAAGUAGAGUUUUAGUGCCAUUUUAUCCGGUAGCGGGGAGAUUAAAGAAGAAUAACAUCAAUAAUCGCAUUGAGAUAGAUUGCAAUGCGGCAGGGGCAUUAUUUAUCGAUGCGGAAACGCCGCAUUUUCUUGGUGAUUUUGGGGGCUUCGAGCCGCCUAGCGUCGAGCUUCGUAAGCUAGUCAUGCCUCCUCCGUGCGAUUACUCUGCGGGUCUCUCGUUGUUCCCCUUACUGAUGGUACAACUCACCCGCUUCGAGUGCGGUAGUGUGUGCAUUUGCUUUGCCGUGCAUCAUCAUGUAGCUGAUGGAAUUGGACAUUUAUACUUCAUUAAUUCAUGGGCAAGACUUGCUAAGGGGCUUCAACUUGAUGUUCAACCGUUUCAUGAUAGGGCUCUUCAUCUAGCGCCUCGUAAACCACCUCAGGUCAAGUUCCAGCAUUUGGAGUACGAGCCACCUUCGCCACACAAAGGUUAUUCAGGUGAGAUGGCAACCGCAAGAGAGUGCGUGUUCAAACUUUAUAAAGAUCAAAUUAAUACCUUGAGGUCAGAAGCAACAACAUCUGUACCCGUAGAAGAAGAGAAUUACAAACUAAGUACAUAUGAGGUGCUAGCUGGGCAUGUAUGGCGAAGUGCAUGCAAAGCGCGGGAUUUAACAGGUGAUGAAAUCGUGAAACUAUACAUUCCAACUGAUGGAAGAUCCAGAUUAAAGGAUCCAAAUCUACCACAAGGAUAUUUUGGAAAUGUACUUUUCUUCACAACUUGUAGUGCUAAAGCAUGUGAUAUCAUGCGCAAGCCGUUAUCAUAUGCCGCAAGUAAAGUGCACGAGGCACUACAAAAGGUGGAAAAUGAAGAGUACUUGAGAUCAGCAAUAGAUUACCUAGAAUUGCAGUCGGAUAUAACAACUUCAGCUCGUGGAGCUCUUAGUGUUACAUGUCCAAACCUUUCAAUAAACUCAUGGGGUAGGUUGCCUUUAUAUGAAGCCGAUUUCGGGUGGGGAAAGCCCGAAUUUGUAGGUCGUGGUGGUAUUAGAUUUGAGGGUGAAGCCUACUUUGUUCCAAGCCCAAAUAGGGAAGGUAACUUUUCAUUGAACAUUAAGCUUUUCACCAUACAUAUCCCUCUCUUUGAGAAAUACUUGUAUGAUGUCUAGGGUCUUAUUUUCAUUUUUCAAUGUUUAACAAUUCUUAUAUGCAAUGUAAUAACACUGAAAUAGUAUUCAUAUGUUGUACUAAAUUAAAUAUAUAAUCUUUAUCUAUAUAUCAUUAUA